AUGGUGGCUGAAUGGGCAUGGCUGAAGGGCUCUGCAUCGUAUCAGUGCAGUCCAGUGGAGAUGCACGGGAAUACCACAGCAUCAGGAGAACUGGGGAACCACUUGCUUUCCAAAACUCCACACCUGAGCAAGAUUUUGGCAAAGCCAACGGUUUGUAGCCCUGCAGUAUUUGCCAAAUAUCCAGGACGUGGCCUCCCGUUGUGGGACAGACUGAUUCACCUUCCUGACAGAAAUCAGAAAUGGAAUGUAGUGGGCAUAACAGAAAAUCAUUUCUGUAGGAAAAGACACUUCAAAAAUUAUGAUAUCCGGAGGAAUGGACAGCAGCUUUCGCAAUGCCAACAUGCUUCAACUUGGACUAGUACAAUUUUACAGCCAGGCUAUACAAAAGCAAACUUUCAAAUCAUGUCAAGUGCCCAGGAAUACAAAAAAGAAGAAAAAAAGUGUAAAGGGUACAUACCCAGUUACUUAGACAAGGAUGAGCUAUGUGUAGUAUGCGGGGACAAAGCCACCGGAUACCAUUAUCGCUGCAUCACUUGCGAAGGUUGCAAGGGUUUUUUUAGAAGAACCAUUCAGAAGAACCUCCAUCCAACCUAUUCCUGUAAAUAUGAAGGAAAAUGUGUGAUAGACAAAGUAACAAGAAAUCAGUGCCAGGAAUGUCGCUUCAAAAAAUGUAUCUUUGUUGGCAUGGCAACAGAUUUGGUGUUGGAUGACAGCAAGAGGUUGGCAAAGAGGAAGCUGAUAGAAGAAAAUCGAGAGAAGAGACGUCGGGAAGAGCUGCAGAAGACCAUUGGGCACAAACCAGAGCCAACAGAUGAGGAAUGGGAGCUCAUCAAAAUUGUUACUGAAGCACAUGUGGCCACCAAUGCACAAGGAAGCCACUGGAAGCAGAAAAGGAAAUUUCUGCCAGAAGAUAUUGGGCAGGCACCAAUAGUUAAUGCCCCAGAAGGUGGGAAAGUGGAUUUAGAAGCCUUCAGCCAGUUUACAAAAAUUAUCACACCAGCGAUUACAAGAGUGGUGGAUUUUGCCAAAAAGUUGCCUAUGUUUUGUGAGCUGCCAUGUGAAGACCAGAUCAUCCUUCUGAAAGGCUGCUGUAUGGAGAUCAUGUCCCUCCGAGCAGCAGUUCGCUAUGACCCCGAGAGUGAGACUUUAACACUGAAUGGGGAGAUGGCAGUGACAAGGGGCCAGCUGAAAAAUGGGGGUCUUGGCGUAGUGUCUGAUGCCAUUUUUGACCUGGGCAUGUCUCUUUCUUCAUUUAACCUGGAUGACACCGAGGUUGCCCUUCUUCAGGCUGUUCUGCUCAUGUCAUCAGAUCGCCCAGGCCUUGUUUGCGUGGAGAGAAUAGAAAAGUGUCAAGAGGGUUUCCUCCUGGCAUUCGAACACUACAUUAACUACAGAAAACACCAUGUUGCACACUUUUGGCCAAAACUGCUGAUGAAAGUGACAGACCUGCGAAUGAUCGGAGCCUGCCAUGCCAGCCGCUUCCUGCACAUGAAGGUGGAGUGCCCCACAGAACUGUUCCCUCCGUUGUUCCUGGAAGUGUUUGAGGAUUAGAGAGACUGAAGUGGUUCUCCACACCCCGGUCGCACUACUGGCUGUCAUUUCAUCCCAUUGCCCAGCUCUUCUCACCUGUUUGUUCUUCUUCUUUCGUGGUCUUCUGUUUCUUGAGAUGGGGCUGGGGUUUUGUUUGAGUUUUCUUUUGGGGUUGCUGGGGGCAGUUGUAUACACAUGGAUGAAAACAUCCCUUUAAUGCGGGUACUUGUGACUAUUGCAAUUUGUUCUUCAGUCCUUUGAUGUGAGUGCUUUGACAGCUUAACAGUGAAAAUACGAACAGACCAAUCUCAUUCACCAGCAUUUGCGUGGUCACCAGCUCACACCCAUCAUUGCCUGGAAAAUAGGGGAGAGAGACUGAAGUGGCAGAAAAAUAAAUUUGCCUUCAAGUUGAAACAGCUAUUGUUAAUUUGACCCUGACAAUUCUGUCUUUUGUUACUCCUUUUGCAGGGUACAACUGACCAAUUCAUAGUACGAAAUUUCUGGUCUUUGUCAUGGUUUCUAUUGUAACAAUGACCACUAUGAUCUAGAAUCUUCAUUAUCAUUAUAGUCCCAUCAUUCUCUGCGGUUUUUUCCAGCAGAUGCAGUUUAACUGGGCCCCAUAAAUCAAGUACUUAAGAUAAUGCAGUGUUAGAAGGGACUGAGUCUUGUUGGUCUUUCUUUUUUCCAUGUGUAUAAGAUAUUAAGAUCUUCAGUUUCUAAAUUUGGACUCCAGGUAACUUCACUGGAAGGUUUGUUGGAGCAAGGACAGAAAUUUGAUUCUCUGAGGUGCUCCUGAUAGUGGAAGGGUCUGCUUUUUCUGAGGUGUGUGGAAAAUCUACCACUCUGAGGGAGAAGGCUCUCUGUCAGGAUAGCAGGCAGUGUCUCAGAGUUAAUUCAGGGAUGUGAGAGCUCACGGAAUGACAACAAGGAGAAUGGAACAUAUGAGGUGACUUUCAGAUAGGACAGAAACCAACUGUGUUAUUAACAACACUCAAGACUGUAGAGCUUUAUCCCAGGAAUACAAACAGUGUUGCUCAGCAGUAAUCCUCUGUUUUUAUAUAUAUAUAUAUAAAGUUUAUAUGCACCUAUAUAUAUAAUUUUAUAUAUAUAUAAUUACAAAUCUUCAACAGAUGUCUUAAACAUAUUUCCGUAUUUUUAUCUUCUCUCUCUCUCUGACUCUGCCCUUUGUGUGUGUGCAUGUGGAUCAGCUGAGUUCUCCCUCCCUACAGGUAUGUCUAUAUGUGUUUCAUUAGGCUAGAUGCUCUCUUGAUUCUUUUAAUUUAUUUCCACUAACUGCACUAGCAGGAACCAAACUGAGCAAUGACAAAAUGUCCUGCUGCCGAAGUCUGCAAGCCAGUACACACAGUCCUGGAAUGUUUGGAGGCCAGUGAUGAGGACAUUGUAGGUAGAGGUUCCUCUCUCACCAUCUCCAUUCAGGGAUGUUGUCCCUGGGUUUUAUAAACUUGAUAUUAAAUCAUCCUCUGAAUUUGUAUGACACUUCUAAAAAAUCUUUCUCUUCUUCCUGGGAACCAGAGACUUAGUUCAUGUUUUUUGCACUGCCUCAUACCCUACAUUCUUUCAUGCUGUGCAUUGAUUUGUACCAGUUUCUUUCUCUGCUAUUUAUUGUCCCAUUUGCCCAGCAAGUUGUGGGCAUUGUUAGAGUGCAUGUGUUGACUUUCAAAGCUCGUGGCCCAUAUCUGAACCCAUAGGUUAUGUACUUAUCCCCUCAUAAAAACAGGAUACUCAGGAAAACUAAUAGAUGGAACACGAUGUACGUGUGUCAGGAGUUAAACUUUUUCUACCCUUCUUUCCCUACAUCAUUGAUAAAGCAUGUGGAGUGCAAUUGGGCACAUUUUUAGGGAUGUGGAAUCUUGUUCUCUCUGUUGUUUGAUACCAUAUGCACCUGUGAUGAGCUGUGAGCACGAAUGUUAUCACUUAGGGGGUUUUUUGUCAGAACAUGAAACACAUUGGGGUGUGUAGGAGUUUUUCUGCAGGUAGCAGUGAAGACACACCACUGGAGAUUAUUUCUUAAAUAUUUGGUGUAAAACCUCUUUUGUUGGCUGUGUUGGCUCCAUCUUGAAGCAUGUGUCUAAACAACAUCUCUAUCCAAAUUCCUUGUAGAGCACAGUCUUGGGGGUAAAAAGUCAGAAACUGGCUUUUUGGAUAGGUGAUUUGGAGUGACUUGAUGGAGGACUUACAGCAUGUAGUAGGGAACUCAGAAAAGCAGCCAAUCCCUUACUUGCACUGAUGCCUUCACAAUCUAGAAACAAAACAACAUACUUUCGAGACAAUAUUAAUAUAGCAAGGAAUAUAAAAGCAGAGUUGGAGGCCUCCAGGUGCAAAUAUGGCAAAAUGAACACGUGAUACAGGCCUUCUGCAAUUUUGUGAGUUUAAUAAAUUAGCAUAUUUAACAAUAGUGUUCAAUUCAAAGAGCAUUUAGUU